AGUUGGAGAACGCAGACUGUUAUGUUUAAGGUGAAAUAAGACAACUCAAGCAAUGCUGGGAAGUACGAUUAUUAACCAUCGACAACAUGUUGGACUGCAGAAGCUCUCAGCGUUGGCGGGGAUCACACAUUCCUCUUUGGGCCCAAAUAAGAAGUACAAGUUUAUCCAAGAUGAUAGGAGCGGAGAGUCGGCUCUUGUGUGCUCGUGUUUUCGCAUCCUUGAGAAUCUGGAGCUGACGUGCGCGGUGGGUCAGCUGGUCUACCGGACCGUUCAAACCCACCAGAAGGUCUACCAUACAGGAUCAGGAUGCCUGCUGUUCCUCGCCGGAGCGUGGAGUCGUGUUGCCCUGGAGUGCCUUCAGAGAGGGAUUUCUGUUGCACACAUCAUCUCGGCGAUGUCCGAAGGGCUCGAUGUAUGCUUCGAUGUUUGCAGGAGAUUCAGCAUUUCGACUGAGCGUGCACAGUCACAGAGCAGCACAGCAUCAUCUCAGGAUUUAGGACUUCAGGUGUCAAAGAAACCGACUGUGGAGGGUUCACAGUCAUCGACUGAACCGAAGGAGAAAGCAAGAGACGCUCUUAAGACUCUAAAUGCUUGUGGACAAAGGAAAAUCAGGCUCAGCCGACACUUUAGUGAGGCCAAGUCUGAAAAUAUCUCCAAGGAAUCGGAAGAUAGUCAACCUAAACCUCCAGACAUUAAAUAUAUAUCUGAGAGAUUGAGUCAUGGUUGUGUGGAUGCGAUGAAUUUAGUAUUUGAAGCCAGCAGAACACAGUCAAACAACAUUCAGCAAGAGACCAGCUGUCCCACAUUUGAUAUAACUAAAGUCAUGACCUGUGUGCUACCUGGUUUACCAGAGGAGCACGCGUGCGUUACACCGGGCUGCAUCCUUCUCUUAUCCGCUGAACAGGCUUCACUUGCACAUUGCUUAAAAGACCGACUUCUGAAGGUCGUUCUUAUUAACGGAGAUUUAUCGUUUAACUAUAGCCACCUUGGCUUUAAAAGGCCGACAGGAAUACAGCGUGUGAGUGAAGAGGCAGCUUUGUCAAGUUCAAGCAAAGAGGAAGACUGGAUGGAGAAGGUUGUGACGCUUCUGUUGAACCUGGAAGUGAACCUGAUACUAGUUAGCGGACUUGUGAGCGAGAAAGUGAUUCAACGCUGUUCUUGGCGUCACAUUCUCGCGCUGGAAAAAGUAAACGUUUCCAUUUUGAAGGCGCUCGCUGAUGCAUCGGGCGCUGUUCCGGUGACGUAUGCCACACAGUUGAGUAAGUACUGUGUUGGCACUGGAGUGAAGGUAGCGGUAUGGAGGGAUCUCAGCAGCUACGAGAGGAAGCCGUCGAUAGCUGUGAAUGUUUCCACUGGUGUGAACAGCAAACUGGUCACAGUGGUUCUGACCAGCUGCAUAGAGGGGAAGCUUCAGGCCCUGGAGGACCAGUUCUGGGCGUGUGCUUAUCGUUUACAUUUAGCCCUGAAGGAAAAAGCCGUCCUGCCCGGUGCUGGGGUGACAGAAAUGCUUUGUAUUCAACACCUUCAAAAGCGAGCAGAGAGGAACUCCUCCCAACAAACCAAACGAGCAGCAUUAGCUAACCCUUAUAGGAGUGUGGUGUUGCAUCUCAUGGCAGAUGGUUUAAUGGAUUACUUAUCCACUGUAAUGGUUAACACUGGAGAGUUCUCAAAAGUCCAAGCCUGGACUGCAGUGAGCCAGCAACUGCAGGACUGUAACCAAAGUCCAGGGGCUCCAUCCAUGUUCUCAGAGGUUUUUCUAGAAGCUGAACAAGAGGGUAGGGCCGUUUCCUUUCCUGUAAAAUCCACUGAUGCACCAUCAACAAAGGUCUUUGAUAACCUGAGUGUGAAGCAGGAAGCAUGGAGGAAAGCGUCAGAUCUGGUUUUUCUGGUCUUACAGACUGAUGCUGAGGUCAUCACAGGCAUUGACCUAAAAACUGAGGCUGCGCAAGGAAACCUGAUGCUGUUGUGACCUCCAGGAAACAUCUGAUUGAAAACAUUUUGUUCCUGGAAAAGAAAAAUAAAUUGUAUUUUUAUGACCGGUAAAGUGAAAUUACAAUAAAUCGUUUUUUUAUUUGUUAUUUUCUCGUCAUUAGUUUGUAGUAAAAUAACACUGUCAUGUAAUAUAUUUUAGUGAAACUGUUAUGCCCAUUUCCUACCACUUGGGGGAGACAAAACAACAUAAGACAAUGUGGUCCUAGUGACUCUUCAAUCCAAAGCUGUUGCACAUUUUAACCGUUGCUAUCAUGACCUCCAGGUAUUACAAAUAUCUCAAAAGGAAGCGCAGUGUAUGAAAUAAAUAAAAGAUGCACAGUCAACAGCUGUUUUAUUUUCUUAUAUUUGUGAACUUGUUGAUGCCAAAGGGCCUGCAAACCAAUCCACAGUAAAAAAACAAAACAUAAAAUAGACAGGUUUUUAUCGAUAGAAGUUUUCUUUGCAAGUCAAGUUUUAUCAUGAGUGCUCUGUAGAGGGGAAAGAUUUGAUUUAUUCCAUAUUAUUUUUUUGCAUUCAGAGGACACAUUUAAAAAGUGAACAAUAAACCCUACAGAGUUAAAAGAGAAAACAACUUUCAGUUUUGCCAAGUACAGAGAAAAUCCAAUUAAAAAAGGAGUAUUUUAUUCUGUGAUUGAACGUGAUAGAUACUUAGUCAAGAUAUUAUUGAUAACCACUAAUAAGGCAAUAACUAGAAACUGAUGCUGAUGGACUGACAUAUACUUCAACACUCUGAAUCUAUAUGCUCCGAAUAAUGGACUCCUGUAACCAAUGGCCGUUUUUUUUUUUCUUUUUUAUUCCUGUUCUAUGUUUGUUUUAUUUAUUUCUUGUCUUGCUCUAAUUGUACAACUUGCUGUAGAAACAUGUUCCAACAAAAGUAAAGAAAAAUGUAAGUAGAAAAAAAAGGAGUAUUUUAAAAAUCCAAGGAUGAAGAAAGUCCUCUCUUUUGAUUGUUUUGUUAUGCCUAGCACUCAUACUGAAUGUUGUACUUCUCAGCAUGUUGACUUGGGUCUUUGGUCAUUUUUAAACAAGGGGAUACAUUUUUUUUUGUCAUAUUUUUCACAGCCCGUCCCCUAAUAUCUUCCUUACAUUUGUAGAAAGUACAAUAAAAAACAUAAGGUUAUAUUUCUGGAACAUAUUCUUUUACACACCUUGUCUUUUUCCUCAGUUCAGGCAGGACUAGUUGUUUGUCCAAAAAACACAAUUACAUCUCCCUCUAAUAGAUCAUGGGAGAAGUAUACAUGCCAUAUGAUUUUAUGUAA